GAAACCUUGCUAUCGACAUCCAUUGUGCGUCCUUGAGCUUUGGAAAACACAAUGUUGCGGUGCGUUGCAAGAAGAGCAUUCUCUGCUGCGCGUGUGCGCAACCUGGCCACUAUCAGAGAACCAGGCGUGGUGGGCCUGGUAACUCCUGACGAUCCUCGACAGGCGUUAAAAGAAUUGUACGGGCGAACCCUUGAAGCCGUGAAGGAUCUCCCCGAGAGCGCCGCGUAUCGCACCAAUGUGGAGAAGAUCACAAAUUAUCGACUUGGAGUCGUGUCCGAAAACGAGGACAUCGAGAAGAUCGAGGCGAUGCUAAACAUCGGGCAAGUGCAGGAGAUCAUUGAGCAGGCCGAAAACGAGCUGGAACUCAUUCCACACAUGGCGGAUUGGAAGCCUUGGGAGAUGCAAGAUGGAAAGAAGCCCGCCGUUAUCGAAAUAGUAGACUAGAGGCGGGGCGCGUCGCAUCACGCAUG